CGAGGUGGGACCAGGUCCAUUUUUGAGCGGACAGCUCUCUUCCGAAGUCUUCCGGUGUGUCGAGCGGUGGCGGACACCGCAGUCUUUUUUCUAUCGUCGCCUCCAGUCUGUUGGCUACCAGCGUGGCCCGGGGUGCUCCCACAGCUCCCUGUGCGAGCGACAGAAGGCAGAUGUACGAAUGGGACAAGCGGGGGAUGCACCUCCGAGCAGGCUCCCGCACAGCGCCCCGGGUUCGAGGCGUCGUGAGGCAACAACUGAUGAUGACGAACAGUUCGUUUCCUCUGGCGAACUCGAAGGCCAAGGCUUGGACAUGGGUGCCUCCGCGCGUGUUUCGGCUGGCGUUGGUGGUGCUGGCUCUCCCCGUUGCGCUCGUGAUACCGACAACGAGAAUGAGACGGUCGCCAUCAAGUGUCCAUGUGGACAAGACACGAGUCGAGGCACUGGGUGCCAUCGCCUCUAAUCAAUCGAGCGUCGCCGCCCUGUCCAAGACAGUCCAGAUCCACGCCCAGGGUGUGGACAAACAGGUCGAACUGCACAUGCGGAGGUCCGGAAUGCGGCUCGACGACCACGCCAACCGUCUCCACGUGCCGUAUAGCCACCUCAAGGAGCUCAUGGAGCACAUGUGCAUCGCCAAGGCUGAGGAGCUGCCUAAGGAGGCUGCCCCAUCAGGGUCCGACCGUCCCACCGACCCAGCAAAGGUUCUCGUUUCAAUUGAUGAAGUUCGCCAUGUGGUCACCCCUUGGAUUCAGGACGCCAGCUCGGACGUGGAUGAUUACGAGAUCUCGGCGGCCGGCACGGAACCGACCUCCAAGCAGCGAGUCCAGGAUUGCGCAGCAGCGUGCGCUGCUCGCCAAGCGCUGGGUGCUAAGGCUUGCGCAACACGCGCUCGCUGGGCGCUUUCCGCAACAGUGACGGCGCGCGGCGUAAAUUCGAGGCGCGCACACCGAUGGGCAACGCGAGACCGCUCUUCUUAUUUAGUGCUGACAGAAAUCAAUUUCACAUUCACAGAUAACUGAUUAUCAAGCUCAUCCGCCGGGAGUUCGGG